AUGGACAAGCACAAAUUGACCACAGCAGCAAAGAACCCCAGCACUAGCCCUGUAGUGAGGAUAAGACACUUGAAGACUCGCACCACGAGCCAUGGAAGGGUGGGUGCCACUGCUGCCGUGUACAGUGCUGCAAUUCUGGAGUACUUCACUGCUGAGGUACUGGAGCUGGCAGGUAACGCUUCCAAGGAUCUCAAAGUAAAGCGUAUCACCCCACGUCACUUGCAGCUUGCAAUCCGUGGUGAUGAAGAAUUGGAUUCUCUUAUCAAGUCUACCACAGCUGGGGGUGGUAUGUUCCCUCACAUCCACAAAUCUCUGAUCAGAAAGAAGGGACAGUAA